CGUGGAAAGAUUUCUCAUUUUUAAAAACUUCACUGAUGAUACUGAAUACGUUUCCGCACAGUACCAUUCAGUAUAUUCAUGGCCUGAUCCUUAUUCACCAAAUGAAUCAUGUAGAGAUGCCUCAAUUUACAAUCCUUUCGCAAAAAUCUCCCUACGAGUCAAACGUCCCUCUUCAGUUCCACGCCCACUGUAAAUAUAAUAUCCAUGCAUAUUUACACAUCAAAUCGAAAGAAAACUCAAACGUUGUUGUUUACCAGUGAGACACCAUCUUUCCACAUUCAUCAUGGCUCUAGCUUUCCAAAGAAACCAAGUUGGUAUGAAAGUGACUGGAACACAUUGCACAGUUCCUAGCAAUCCCAAGGCGAAGUUGAUGUACUAUCUCAACUGCAUGGCGACGGUAUGUAUACUGAUGUUCAUUAGAAAUGUGCGUAUCUGUUCCCAGAAGGGGAGUACGGUUUCAUGAACUAUGUAUAGAACUUAGAAAUUAUGAACCACAAAUAUAGUUUGCAAGCUAUAGCUCAUUUCCGUAGUACUGUUCGUGGAAUUAAGUAAUAAAUACUUUAUAUGUUUUGUAUUUAGUUGAAUACAUUCUGCUGGUUUCCUAAAUAAUCCUUGUUUACCAUAUCUCAUCUCAUUAGUAUUCAGAGACAGAGAAUAUAUAGGUACUAUAUAUAAACAAGCAAAUUCUUUCUGCAAUAUACCAGAGGUAUAUAUAAAAAACCACUAUAUGCAAUAUGGUGUACACAUACAAGUAGGGAUAUUAUACCAUAUAUAGUGGUUCUUUAUAGAAUUGCAGCUCUGUAUAAACAGUUACUAACCAUUGACAUUCUCCUAUAUCAUAUGUUAAUUAUUCCGACAAAACGUUCCCCAGUCAUCACUUUUCUACUAUAUGUUCUAUUUAAAAAAAAUAGUACUUGAUUCUUAAAAGUUUUUAAAGAUCUUACAAGUAUAGGUUUCAUUUUCAGAUUGUGUUUACGCCGUUAACAUUAUAUAUGAGUGCAUGAAUGUUUUCUAUGUAGCAUAAAAUACUAGUUUAAAAGAUACAAUAUCGUUUUAUAUGCUUGAGUAGGCUGAAAACAAAAACUCACACGCAGCAGUCGGUUUCAUUUAGCAGUUUAAGGAUUACUUUCAAUAUCUUACACAUUUGAAGUUAAUGAGAUUUGCGUUCCUCUUUUAACUUUCCGAACCAUUGUUGUUGACAUUGUGAAAAAUUGCCUGUGUCGACUGUGACUAUAAUUUGUAUUCCUAAAACGGGCGAAUUAACGGGAAAAUUAAAGUGUGUUUGAUGGUUUUCGAGCAGAUAUACAAACACCUCAAGUACAUGAGCAAUUUGAAACUUAAAAUACGGAAGUGUUCGUGCGCAUCCUGUUUUGUCAGCGAAGCAUGCCACGUCAGAGCUGUUUGUUGUUACAAAGCAACACAUUCAAUAUGGACUAUUUUGAGAUUUGAUAGUUGGAUAUGUUAUUAUUCAUUUCAUUGUUCAAGGACAUUUACAAAGCCGGACGUUUUGUUCAGUUUCGAAAUCUCGUUUUUCCUGGAUUUUUUGGAAUUCAGACAAUCGUAUAUCAUGUGUCACAGCGCAUGCGCGUGGCUUGAACGAUCUAAUGAAAUAUCAACAAUAAAUGUUCAAAAAAAGCAACUCUUAACUUAUCCCCAUGUUUCUUGUCUGUGUUUGUCUGUCAAGGGCCUGUCUGUGUUUGCUGUCAAGGUUGUUCGAAAGUCGAUUCCUGACAGCUUGUUUAUAAAUUUGGAAAUGUUUCUUCAGAGAUCUUGUCUGGAUCGAUGGAGUUUACUUCUCUGAACUUUUGAAAUAAACGGAAGUGCAGAAAUACAAAUACCAAAACAGUGGGUUAAAUUUUAACCGAAGGUUAGCACUAACACACCUUUGAACAACCGAACCCAGAACGAUAACAAAAAAGUACUAUUAAAUUGAAUGUAUUUAUACAAUAAUACGAACAUUUGUAAGGCUGAUGGCCAUUGGCCAAGAAAAAAUUGAAAAUUAGUGGUUCUCUAGUCCAGGUUUUACUGUAUUGCAUUUCUGUGGACAGCCUGUAUAAUACUGGGAGAGGACAGCUAGUGGAUUGAGCAAAUUUUGUAUAUUAUAUUUCCUCUGUCAAGGUCCUGGACCUGGAUGAGUUACCUCGGGAGUUCACGAAUUACCAAAACUACUCCGCCCUGGACGACACGAUGGCAAGACAUCUCCUUGAUUUCUGCAAGCUGCUGUCCCCUGAUCUCUUGGAAGGCAAAUGUAUCUUCCAAGUGAACGAUCUUGAUGGAUCUGCGAACGAGUUUGUUGAGCUGUCUUCAGCCAAGACAACAAUGGUCGCCACUUCCAGUGUGAUGAUGGCUGGCAGGAAUGUUCAGGUGGCAAAAAUCAUGCUGUACAAACCGAUAUGGCGACGAAAUAAUUAUGACCAGCCAAUGGCAGAGUUGGCUCUUAGCCUUGUUUCCCGACCUGCCCUCACCUCGCGUCGUAGGAAACGCAGCGGCAAUUGUGCCUUGAUGUAAACGCCAAACGUUUCAUGUGUUGGGAAAUGUUUUCACUGAUGUGUCACUGUUUCAAACAUUAAUUUAAUAUACUAUAAUCAUGUACACUGUACCCAAGGUCAUAGAUUUAUCGAUUUUUACCCACUAGCACUGUAGUAAUAGAUCGGCAAUAGAUUUUAUACCGUAGAACAGUAUGGGAUUUCAACAUAAUACGUAUAGACAACGUUUUUAUCUCAAUUGAUAAAAUUAUGAUGUAAUGACUCCUUUAGUCUUUACUGAUUUUAUUAGUGCAUCAGAAACAGUAUUUGUUGACAAUUCUGUACGGAACCAAAGUAUAAUGUAAAUAUUUACAAUUUCAGUCAAUUCUUGUGGCAUUUGAUGAUAUUGUUAAAUUGUAAAUCUAAAUCAGUUUUUACAGUAAUGUAGUCUGUAGUCAGUAAUCUACCGAAAUAUAUCAUGUCCAAGUAUCCAACCACUUUCUGUUUUGACCAGACAUGUGUGUCUUUCUGGCCAGCAACAUGAUUAAGUAAAAAAUUCAAUAAAUUUACCUAGAAUUUAUCCCUCGCCAGAACAGAGUACAAUAAAUAAUAACAAUUAUAAAUAAGCCGGCAUAUAUGUGAUUUUUUCGAUGUCUACGAACCGUUUUGGCUAUCUUUAAAAGGGGAAGUCGGGGAAUCGGGUUUUGUCAUAUCCCCUUUUAAAGGAAGAAUAUGAUAUUCCCCGAGUAUUCUCCGUUUUAAACAUAGCCUUUGAAGUAAUCAAUAUCCGAUAUGCAUAACAGCAUUCUCAUACAACAAGUUUCCAAAAAUAAAAAAUAUCAUACCUUACAAAAUAUAGGUCCUCAAAUUAAUAUUUCUAUGAAUACGCCAAGUUUUCAAAUUCCAGUCGUUUCAAAUGCGGCAGAACGUAAUUAAUGGGUAAAUGUAAAUUAAACUCCAUCGCUAUGAGUGCUUGAAUCUCAAAUAAGAGAAGGUCUUUUGUACUCACUUUAAACCCAUCUGAAAUAUGCUAAAAAAAACAACAGCAAAAUAAAGAUACGUUAGUAGUUAUAUUAACAGGUUUUAACUAUAGCAGUCAAUUCACUCAUCUUACGUCUAUUAAUUCUUUAAUGGCGUCCUUUUUCAAAUCACCGUUAAAUUUCGCCGCCAGCAAUAAACACGAUCCUAUACAAAGAAAUUGUACCG